AAGGAGCAGUCCGUAGAGAAGGGCUUAACGGAUCGAAUCCGUAAGGACGUGGCAGCUUCGUAUUGGACCGGUCGAAGAGUAAACGUGCACGAAGAAAAAAAAAUGAAAUCAUUCGCGUAGAAGAGAAAAAAAAAAGGAAAAGGCGACGGUUUAUGCGAUUCGAUCUCCUCGAGCCAUCAAGAUGGGGAAUCCGCAAGAACCUCAUUUCUUGAAGCCUCUGCUUCCUGGUUUCCACAACGGCGUCACAAUACCACUAAGCUUCUUCUCACAGCACAUACAAGGGAAGACGAACGGGAAAAAAUAGAAACUAAGAUCGGACGCUUCUGAUCAAACUUGGAAAGUGAUACAAGAAGGCAGGCGACUCACCGAAGGUUGGAAAGAUUUCACGACAGCACAUGACCUUCGAAUCGGUGACAUUCUCAUCUUCAAACACGAAGGAGACAUGGUGUUUCAUGUCACUCCGUUUGGUCCGAGCUGUUGUGAGAUUCAGUUUACACAUCCUCACAGCAUCAAGGAAGAAGCCGACGUGGAUGAUACUCAUUCUUUCUCAUUCGACUACUGUUUUUUGGCUGAAGUCACUGCUUCAAAUAUAAAUGAAGACAAACUGUACCUGCCUGUCGAAGCAACCACUUGUACUGCUUUGAACAAACAAUGCAAAGAGAUUAUACUUGUCAACAAAGAGGGCAAUUCAUGGACUGGGAGUUUGCGAUAUAGCGAAGCAGACGACAUGUAUUACAUAAGAAAAGGGUGGAGAAAGUUCUGUGAAGAAAAAAAUUGCAACAUAGGAGACUUGUUUGUCUUCAAUGUGGUUAGAGAUAUGAACACAACUCCGUUGAUGUGUGUAUGUCCGGAAAGGAAAGAGUGCGCUGAACUACUCAUCAAACACUUGAGCAGAAUGAAUGGUGACAUUGCUUCUAGCUUACGGGUGAUUUAGGAGUGUUUCCUUUUCGUCUCUAUCAGAACUUGUUUCCUUUUCUUUCCUUUUGGUACUACUGCUUAUUGUAAACUUGAAUUUGGCUAUGUAUCUCGGAGAAGUUGUUUCCUUUUACCUCAAAACUUGUUUAUGUACUUUUCAAAACUUGUUUUUGUUAAACUCCAAGAAGUUCUUUUUAGUCCUCGGUUUUUUUCA